CGGAAGGUUAACGCGAGUUUUAUUGGUGUUUACUCUGCUGUCUGCACGCUGUCAGUGUAUCAAUGUCUGGUGUAUUUAAAGCAAUGUCAAAGUUUCGCCUUGCUGUGGUGCAGUUACAUGUCUCAAAGAUCAAGGCUGAAAAUUUAAGUAAAGCACAAAAACUUGUGAAAGAGGCCACAGUGCAAGGUGCAAAAGUAGUAGUCCUACCUGAGUGCUUUAACUCCCCAUAUGGAACCGGCUUCUUUGCAGAGUAUGCCGAGAAGAUCCCAGGAGAAUCCACAAAGAUGUUGUCAGAGGCAGCAAAAGAGUGUGGGAUCUAUUUAGUGGGUGGUUCCAUACCAGAGGAGGAUGGGGGGAAGCUCUAUAACACCUGUUCGGUUUUUGGUCCUGAUGGAAAGCUGCUUGUAAAACACAGAAAGAUUCAUCUCUUCGAUAUUGACCUACCUGGAAAAAUACGUUUUCAGGAAUCUGAAACAUUAAGUCCAGGAAACAGUUUGUCCAUGUUUGAGACCCCAUUUUGUAAAGUAGGUGUGGGGAUUUGUUACGACAUUCGCUUUUCGGAGCUUGCACAGAUCUACGCCAAGAAAGGUUGCCAGCUUUUGCUAUAUCCUGGUGCCUUCAAUAUGACCACAGGACCGGCUCACUGGGAGCUGCUCCAGAGAGGGAGGGCAGUAGAUAAUCAGGUUUAUGUGGCCACUGCUUCACCAGCAAGAGAUGAGACCGCCAGCUAUGUGGCCUGGGGUCACAGCUCUGUGGUUAACCCUUGGGGUGAGGUUAUUACGAAAGCCGGAACAGAGGAGGCUGUUGUGUAUGCUGACAUAGACCUGCAGUACUUGGCUGAUGUGCGUCAGCAAAUCCCGAUCACCAUGCAGAGACGUAAUGAUAUAUAUAGUGUAAAUGCUCUUCAGGAAGGCUGACGUGCAGGUGUGGUUUAUGUGAAUACUCCUUUUAAAAUGGGACUCAGUCAGCACUUUGUAAUGUGUUGAGACAAGCCACCAUCAUAUGGUGUAAUUACAAGAGUCACCAGGCAAUGAUGUUUUAAAGGGACUCAUGAUUUGAAAGCUGUUGAGAUGCAAUGAAAAUGAUAUUGACAUAGUUAAAAUGUCUUAAUACAUAAGUAAAUUUAUUGUACAGCUAUUACAGGACAAGGAAAAUUAUUGUUUUUCUAAAUCCAAUGCGAAUAUUUGUUUGCUAAAAUAAAUAAUGUCCUUAAUCAUCAUUAUAGGACUGAAGUAUAAUUUAUUAUUUUUUAAAAGCUUGCAACGCUUCACUGUCAUGAGUCACUGUGUCAUUUUUUAUAAAGAUAUCAGAAGCAUCUAUAUCAAAUGGCCUUGUAUAAUGUUUGUGCGAAUAGUCGCCUCUGAUGGAUUAAUUCCCGAAUCUGAUUAACAAAUGCAAUAAAUAAUUGUUGUUACCAUAAAA